CUGGAGAAAGUGAGCCUGUGGGAACUCAGCAGUUUAAUCACUAGUCUGCGAUACGUUAUAUUAGUUAUAUUAGUUAUACUAGUUAUACUUAACCAGUGGAACAAAUCCCUUUAACACCGCCCGGAAGAAGACGUGACGGCGGAGCUGCUGGUCCUGUUUGCAAUGUCUGCUGUGGCCAAAAAAGCUCAAAUGAAGGGUCAGCAGAGGAGACGCGCCGUCGUGAGGGAAGGCCGGACGGAGAGCAGCAGUGAUGGAGACUCUGAUGUGGAUCUGGAGACAAAUUUUGCACUGCUGUCUCAGAAAGGAAGAGGAGGCGAUGAGCUGGACGAAGAGGUCGCAUCAGCUGAGGAAGGGGAGGAUGUCAGCUGUGAGGAUGAUGAAGGGUCUGAGGCGGGAGAUACUGAUGGUGAGGAGGGUGAAGGGGACGAGGAAGAGGACGAUGGUAGCAAAGGUUCAGAAGAAGAUGAGGAAGAUGGAGAUGAAGAUGCUCAGUCUGACCAGGCUGACAGCAGCGAGGACGGUCAAGGUGAACAUGACAUCAAAAAAGAACUUUCCACCAUGUCCUUCGAGGACAUCAUGAAGCUGCAGAAGGAAGUUGGGACCAAAGUUUAUAAUAAAGUCGCCUACGCAGGCGCCAGCACUUCUCAGACCGACGGCAAGAAGAAACGACUCAACAAGAACAGGCCCACAGAGGUCUCGGCCAAGAGACUGCCACCCUUCCUCAGACAGGUGAUCCCUGUGAAGAAAACGAUCUUGAGGGACCCUCGCUUCGACGACCUGUCAGGAGAAUACAAGCCCGAGAUAUUUGAGAAGACGUAUAAAUUCAUCAAUGACAUCAAGCAACGGGAGAAGGAGAUGGUGCAGAAGCAGCUGAAGAAGAUGAAAAAGGACAGUCAGAAGAAGGAGAAACUGCAGUUCCUGCUGAAGAGGAUGGAGAACCAGGAGAGAGCGAGGAAGACUUGGGAGGAGAAGCGUGAGAAGGAGCUGGAGUUUAAGAGCAAACUGAGGGAAAUGGCCGCCGAGGGCCACAAGCCUUUUUUCCUCAAGAAAUCUGACAAGAAGAAGCUGCACCUGGCGGACAAGUACCAGGAGCUGAAAAAGAGGGGGAAGCUGGACAACUUCCUCAGCAAGAAGAGGAAGAGGAACGCCACCAAGGACCGCAGGCGUCUGCCCCGCCAGCAGCAGCCGAAGGCGCCGUGACAAGCUUCAGCCACACCCACCUGGCGCCACCCGGAGGAAGAGUUCAGCACAGACUCGGGACGUCCACAUCCUCCUUACUGCUGCUGACAAGCUGAGUCCAUCUGUCCUGUUGGACAGCAGGGGUGGGACGAGUCACGAGUCUUUUUCUUUUUUUCCCCUUUUUCCCCCUCAUUGUACUUGCCCAAUUACCCCACUCCUCUGAGCCGCCCCGGUCUCUGCUCCACCCCCUCUGCAGACUACCACAGGUCUCCUCCCAUACAUGUGGAGUCACCAGCCGCUUCUUUUCCCCUGACAGUGAGGAGUUUCACCAGGGGGACGUAGCACAUGGGGGGAUCACGCUAUUCCCCCCAGUCCCCCCCCCCCCGAACAGGCACCCUGACCGACCAGAGGAGGAGCUAGUGCAGCGACCAGGACACAUACCCACCCGCAGACACGGCCAAUUGUGUCUGUAGGGACACCCGACCACGCCGAAGGUAACACGGGGAUUCAAACCGACGACCCCCGUGCUGGUAAGCAACGGGAUAGACCGCUACGCUACCCGGACGACCCCACGACUCACAAAUCUCACGGUUCGAUACGUCUCACGAGUCAGGGCUCACGAUGUGGAUGCAGUACGACACAGUGGACAUCUUGGUGAGCAGGAGACAAAACAGCACUGCAGUUCUCUGGUUUGAUUUAUUCUAACGAGGUCCAACAUGUUGACGUUAUCAAGAUCCGCAUCCACACGUAAGGCAAGUGCAACAGUUCUGACAACAUGUGGUGCCGUCUCUUCUCUUCUUGUUGUGUAACACAACUGCUUUACUUCGAAACCUCAAAAACUGCUGCAACGAGCGAGGCGGACAUUUUGACUGUUUUGGAUUUUCAGUUUAAUAACUUUGUGGAAACACAAAAAAGAAAAAAGAAAAAAGAUACAGACCCGCCGCUCCCUGAACGCCCCUAAAACUAAGGGGUGUGCCGAGGGAGGGUGCAAUGCACACAGGUGCCGUAUCGGCAGGGACGCCAAAAAGACU